GAUAAAUGCGGGGCGCGAGGCGGGCGCGCGACUGAGUCGCAGAGGGAGGAAGUCAGGGAGCGUUGCUUGUUGCUCCGGCUGCUUUUUUUUUUUUGGCCAUUCCCGCUGGCUUUGGGGUGAGCUUUCCUGCCUUUGGCAUUAUUAUUUCGGUUGCCUUGAGCUGAACCAUGGACUGGCAUUUCGCUCUCUUGUUUGCUGCCUUGGCUUCAACAUGCAUGUGCUUCCCACCGAAUCCCAUGUCUCUAGAGGAACUGGGCUCAGAUAUUGGAAUCCAAGUUUUCAAUCAACUAGUCAAAAACAGGCCCAAGGAUAAUGUUGUGGUUUCUCCACAUGGGAUUGCAUCAGUUCUUGGAAUGCUCCAGCUAGGAGCUGAUGGCAAGACGAAGAAGCAGCUGACUACAGUGAUGAGAUACAGUGUAAAUGGAGUUGGCAAAGUGCUGAAGAAGAUCAACAAAGCCAUAGUGGCCAAGAGGAAUAAAGAUCUUGUAACAAUUGCAAAUGCAGUCUUUGCAAAAAGUGGCUUGAAAAUGGAAGUGCCUUUUGUUUCCAGAAACAAUGAUGUGUUUCAGUGCAGUGUCAAGAGCAUUGACUUUGAGGACCAGGACUCGGCCUGUGAUACUAUUAAUCACUGGGUCAGAAAUAAAACCAAGGGUAUGAUAGACAGCGUUUUGUCUCCAGACGAUAUUGACAGUGCUCUGACCAGGCUGAUACUAGUCAAUGCAAUAUAUUUUAAGGGAUUGUGGAAGUCACGCUUUCAGCCAGAAAACACAAAAAAGCGAACAUUUAAUGCAGCUGAUGGAAAGAGUUAUCAAGUACCUAUGCUAGCCCAGUUAUCAGUGUUUCGAUGUGGCACAACAAGUACUCCUAAUGACUUAUGGUAUAAUAUCAUUGAGUUGCCAUACCAUGGUGAGACUAUCAGUAUGCUGAUCGCCCUGCCCACAGAAAGCACAACUCCUCUGUCUUCCAUUAUUCCUCACAUUAGCACGAAAACUAUACAGAGCUGGAUGACAACCAUGGUACAAAAGAGAGUACAGGUCAUUUUACCCAAGUUUACAGUGGAAGCAGAAACAGAUCUAAAAGAACCUCUACAAGAGCUUGGGAUUCGAGAUAUGUUUGAACAAUCAAAAGCAAACUUUUUAAAAAUAACAAGAACAGCAAGCAUUCAUGUAUCUCGGAUAUUACAAAAAGCAAAAAUUGAAGUGAGUGAAGAUGGAACCAAGGCAUCUGCAGCAACAACUGCAAUUUUAAUAGCCAGGUCAUCACCACCUUGGUUUGUAGUAGACAGGCCAUUUGUUUUCUUCAUACGACACAAUCCAACAGGUGCAGUUUUGUUUAUGGGACAAGUCAACAAACCUUGAACAUCAGAAGAACAUUGCCUUCUGAAACAAAUUUAAAAAUGGAUGCCCGUGUUCUGUUAAAUAUUUUUGUACACUAUUCUUUGGCUACAAACUAGCUUCUGAGUGUGGUUGGUGAACUAGGUUUUCAAAAGGAGUCUUAAGUAGUUCUCUGUGGAAAAGUUGAAUGCCUUUUUCAAAACAAUGUAAAGAUUCUUAAAACUACUGAUGAGUUCAUUGUGCUAACAACCUCUGAAUUUUUUUGGGUUUGAGUAGUUUGUAUUGUGAUUUGACAAGUCUUUAGCCAGAGUUGGAACUAAAGGGACAACUUUGAUUUGUUUUUAUUUUUUGGUUCCAUUUUGUACAUGCCUGUCUACUUCUACUGUUGUCAGUGGAGUAGUUUAAUGAGGCAUUGCCAUUAAAAACAAAUUUAAAGCUUUAGCCAUGUUUAUUUUAUAUUGUGCAUGCAUUGCUGAGACUUAAACAACUAAUGUCCCGGUUAACUCCUUUUCGUUGAUGUAAUGUAAAACUUUCAUUGCUAGUAUACACUUUCUAUGGAUUUAAAUUUUAUAUUUUUUGUACAAAGGAAAAAAAAUAAAUGCAUUAUGAACUGUUAAAAAACAGUAUAGUGUCAAUGUGAUGUCGGUGGGAGAUUAUUAGUUGUAUUUCAGGGAGUUGAAUGGUAUUUUCAGUUGCCAAGUGGAAAAUUUGGUAGAAUAUUGCUGUGCUCUUGUAUGUGUUUUGCACUUUCUUCAAAGAAUGACCAGCAAUUUUAGAAUAUCUCUGUUCAAUUACUUUUCUAAAGUGUUCCAGGAGAUUGUGUUCCUCUAACUUAAAAUAUUACUACUAGAGUCAUGUGUUUUCCUUGCAAGAUUAAAAAAAAAAGAUCAAAACCUGCAACUUCCUUCAUAAAGAUCCCAGCUAUGAGCACCCACACUAUUAAUAAUGUUGACAUUUUUGGAUACAGCUAUUUUUGAGUAAAUAGAAAACCAUUGGUUCUGUUGAUUUUUGUGUGGCACUAACUAAACGAAAUCCCCUUCCAUCUGCUAAAUAAAUCUCUCUUAGUUGAGACCCAGCAAUUUUAAUCUAUCCAUUGAGGUAUCAUCUUCAUGAAUGCAAACUUUGAUACUGUAAAAUGCAAGCUGCUUCUAGUAUUAAAUUGGUGAUGAUGAGGCAUUGUCUCCUGUGGCAAGAAUGCAUUCUCAAGAAAUAUAGUGAGCUUUCUCUGUUAGGUUUUAAAAAUUACAUUUAAAUACAACAAAGGUUAUUUUCAGCACGGAUUGUACCUAUUAAACUUGCUUUGGAAUGUUCCAGCUUGUACUUCGGAUGGUCUUUUCUAAUUCUCCUUUGUAGUUCGUAGAUCUUCCAUUUCUCUCCUGGGUUUACUCAAAGGAGAUUAAGCCAAACAUUUCACAGACUUUACAUAACUUAUGAUAAUUUGUUAGAGAACUUCAGAAUUAGUUGCACUUGGCUACCAGGUAUUUCUUGACACUUGCAUUAUGACUGCGUGGUAGGAAUGGAAACUUGGGAAGUAGGUGGUCCUAUUUUGGUUGACUAUAAAGAGUUUUAGAAUCGGAUAGAAUCUGGUGGCUGAACAGUGAUAGCAGUGAAUUACUAUUUUACAUUGCACUAGAUCAGGAAUGAGCAAAUUUUGGCCCUCCAGGUGUUUUGGACUUCAACUCCCAUAAUUCUUAACAGCCAGUACUUACUUACUUAGGCGAUCCCUCAUAGCCUGAGGAUGAUGUUCCUCCAAGUGUAGUGUCUUAAUGGUGGGUCCGUAGGUGGCUGUGAAGCCCUAUUCUUGAUCCGCAUGUUCUCCCACAGUGAGGACAUCAGUUUCCAGGUGGAAGGCGGUCCCGGUCAGGGUUGGCUUGAUGAGUCUUCCUCUUGGCAUGUUUCUUCCUUUCGCCCUCCAUUUGUGCCUCUUCGAGUUCUGCAGAACUGCUGGUCACAGCUGACCUCCAGUUAGAGUGCUCAAGGGUCAAGGCUUCCCAGUUCUCGGUGUCUACACCACAGUUUUUAAGGUUGGCUUUAAGCCAAUCUUUAAAUCUCUUUUACUGUCCACCAACAUUACAUUUCCUGUUCUUGAGCUGGGAGUAUAGUAACUGCUUUGGGAGAUGGUGAUCAGGCAUUCGGACAACAUAGCCAGUCCAGCAGAGUUGAUGGCAUAGGAGGAUCGCUUCAAUUAUAGUGGUAUUUGCUUCUUCAAGCACACUGACCUUUGUCUGCCUGUCUUCCCAAGGGUUUUGCAGGAUUUUUCAGAGGCAACGCUGAUGGAAUCAUUCUAGGAGUUGAAUGUGAUGUCUUGACAGUCCACGUUUCACAGGUGUAUAGCAGGGUUGGGAGGACAACAGCCAGUAGGCUGUUAGGAAUUAUGGGAGCUGAAGUCCAAAACACCCAGAAGGCUGAAGUUUGCCCAUGCCUGCACUAGCGUAUUUGUUUUCCUUUAUCUAAAAAGGCAGGAAUAAACUAGGUGGUUGUUGUGACAUGUUCUAAAGCCUAAAAGUCGGAUUCUUGGAUCGUUCUGCAAGUUGAUGACAUCAAAAGCCUUUGCUUAAACCAGGAUUAAGUCAGCUACUCCAUCCUAAAUGUGUGGACUACAAUUCCCCAAAUCAGCAGGUUCCGUGAGAGCUAGAUUAUUGGAAGUGGGGUUGAGAAUUUCUGGAGAACAUCAAUAAUAAGUAACUAUUUUUAUACCCCACCCCAUCUCACCGAAAGGACUCGAUUCGGCAUACAACACUUACCUAUUCCUAGGGAACUAUUGUAAUAAACCAUAGUUAAUGGGAGCAAGUCAGAGGCUGAAACUACAAUCUGUUUCUGGCUUGAUUUUUAAAUAAUAUUUUAAACACCAUUCUUAGAGUUCAGAUAUCACAGAACUCAUGUAAAAGCAGAAAUGAAAGUUUUGGAUCUCCUUGAAGAGGUUAAAUAAUAGAAAAGAGCAUGCAACCUCAUUCAUGUAGUGGGACACAUGCACAUGGAAUGACUUGUAAAACAUUGCCCAGUGAAUUCAUGCACGAGUAUUAAAGCCUAAUUUCUGAAUCCAUGCGCAAUAACAUUAGAUUCAUUGCAUUAGGCUGCCAUCAAACUUUUUCAUACUUGUUUUUCCUUAGCUUAUUCUUGUUCAACGAAACCUAUAAUGUUCAUGGGUUUGAUAACUUUUUCUGCUUUUAAGUAACUAACUGACCUAAGUUUUUAAAGGAUAUCCUUUAGAUUGCUCUGUAAUAGAUAGCAAAAUCACAUGUUCGCUCAUGUCAGUUUUAGAAAUAACUCAACCUGAAGCUAUGUUUUUCUAGUAUUCCAAUAAGGAAUCAUGACAAGCAAGACAUGGGAGAAGAUUUAUACUAAUCAAUGCAGAGAUUUUAAACACUGGUCAUUCGAAGUGACACCUCCCUUUCCCCCUUAUCUUGGUAUUUGGGUUGUUGCUGGAUCUGUGUGAUUAAUGCAGCUUCCUAUGGAUUCUGAGCAUCACGUUCAUUGAACUGCAGUCUAAUGUCCUGAAAUCAUUUGUGUAUGUAUUGGGAAUUAUGGAAGUCAGCUUUGAUGUCUCCUAGAUAAUAUUUAAACAUGUAAAAGUUGUAAAAUGUUUUACUGAAAACAAAUUUCUUCAAAUGAGAAAUCAGAAUGUUUUAACUUGCUUUGAGAUUUAAUUUCAGAGUUUUUAAAAAUGGUUACAGCACCAUCUUGUGGACAGAUUGCCAAUAUACUAUUGAAUAAAACCAUUAUUUCCAUUUA